AUGGCCGAAACACUAUAUUUAAGACAUUCCGGGUUAUCAAAAAUUGUGCGCCACUUCCUAUUCAAUUACGACGAGCGAAUCUGUUUGAGCAAGUCCGAACAGCAAAUGUUCAUGAUGAGCUGUACUGUUAAUUUGGCUCACUGUGAGUACAUUCGAAAGAAAUUCAAAAAUUCGGUCAAGCGGUUGAGUACACUACGAUCAACAAAUACUUUGGAUCAAGUGAUGAUCACGUCGUUGAGGGCCUUCAACCUUUUACACCUACAAGAAUACGCGGCUAUGAAGAAGGUGCUGGAAGAAUCCAAGGUUCGCUGUAUGCUUCAGUCGGAACAGAACUAUUUGCGAAACCGGUCAGCAACCGGUGGCUCGGCCUGUGAACCGCCCUGUCCCGAACUAUAUCGUUUGUAUAGUGCCGGGGCUUUAAUGGCCUUGGCCCAAGAUGACUUGUUUGACGCAAUACAAGCAACUCAUUCCCUCACAGAAUAUGACCACUAUGAAUGCCACUUUAUCACGGCACUGAUACAUGCACGCAUUGAUGGAAUGAUAGGUGAUACGUCGUUGUUCUUCGCCACUAUCCACUUAAAAAAUGCCAUUGCUUCUUCACUCUCCACCGCUCACAAGAGGUCCCAGAAAAAUGCCGACAAGACGUCGACUUGUAACUCGAGUCGGUCACACAACUCCAAUCGUCGAGAAGGCACUAGCGACGCCCGUGGUGGUAAUCGUGGCAAUGGCCGGAAUGGGAAGGAUGUGGUUCCUUCAAGGCAUGAUUCUGUGGCGAAGAUUAGAGUGUCAAAUAGU